UCAACUGCAGGCCUCAGUGCAUGACAUCACCUCUUCUUCUCCUCUAGCUACGACCGAUUAGACUCCCCCCCGUCUUGGGGUAAACACCAAGAUGCGGAGUUCCAACCAGCUGUCCUGGACAUGGACGGCCUACCUAUGCCUUCUCUCCGUUCUCUGCUCUCUGUUCACGCCGGCCGUAAUGGUGAAGGAGAACGAUUUCAAGAAAUGCGGUCAAUCUGGCUUCUGUAAACGAAACCGCGCCUAUGCCGACCAUGUCGAGGUCCAGGGCGCUUCGUGGAAGGCGCCUUACAAGAUCACCUCCGACAAGGCCUCGUUCAAAGAUGGCCAAUUCCAGGCUACCAUUCUGAAGACCACCGACGACGACGGAAGAACCGUCAACCUUCCUGUUACCAUAUCGUUCCUCAAGUCCGGAGCCGCGCGAGUCACCGCCGACGAAGAGAAACGCCAGCUGAAGGAUAUCGAGCUGAGACACGACAGCCCAGCCCGAAAGGAGAGAUACAACGAGGCUGAGAAAUGGGCCGUCGUUGGAGGCUUGGACCUGGACAACGAGGCGACUAUCGCACGCGAAAGCGGCACUGGCAUGACCAUCCAGUACGGACCGAACUCAUCGUUCGAGGCCGAGAUCAAGUACGAGCCCUUUGGCGUUGAUUUCAAGCGGGACGGCACCGUUCAGGUCAAGCUCAAUGACCGUGGUCUUUUGAACAUGGAACAUUGGAGACCCAAGGUCGAAAAGGCUGAGCCCGAGAAGAAGGAGGGCGAGGAGGGCGAGAAGCAGGAAGAGGAGAAGAACGACGUCCCUGCCCAUCUCGACGAAAGCACCUGGUUCGAGGAGACAUUCAACGGCAACACGGAUACGAAGCCUCGUGGUCCCGAGAGUGUUGCGCUUGACAUCACCUUCCCAGGAUACGAGCAUGUCUUCGGCAUCCCCGAGCACGCUGGCCCCUUGUCGUUGAAGGAAACCCGCGGCGGUGACGGCAACUACAACGAACCUUACAGACUAUACAACGCUGAUGUGUUCGAGUACAUCCUGGACAGCCCAAUGACUCUAUACGGCGCCAUUCCCUUCAUGCAGGCCCAACGUAAGGACUCCACCGUCGGUGUCUUCUGGCUCAACGGUGCCGAAACCUGGAUUGACAUCGUCAAGGCUAAGGAGUCAAAGAAUCCCUUGGCACUUGGUCUGAACUCCAAGACGAAUACUCAUACUCACUGGAUCUCCGAGUCUGGCUUGUUGGAUGUCUUCGUCUUCCUUGGCCCUACACCCAAGGAUAUCAGCAAGACCUACGGCGAGCUUACUGGCACGACUGCUAUGCCUGCCGAGUUUGCCAUUGGCUACCACCAGUGUCGCUGGAACUAUGUGUCUGACGACGAUGUUAAGGAGGUUGAUCGUAAGAUGGACAAGUUCAAGAUUCCCUACGAUGUCAUCUGGCUUGACAUCGAGUACACUGACGAGAAGAAGUACUUCACCUGGGAUCCCAACAUGUUCAAGGACCCUAUCUCCAUGGGCAAGCAGCUUGACGAGCAUGGCAGAAAGCUCGUCACUAUCAUUGAUCCUCACAUCAAGAACACUGGCAACUACCACGUCAUUGAGGAGCUCAAGUCCAAGGGCCUGGCCGUCAAGAACAACAAGGGUAGCGACUUUGAUGGUUGGUGUUGGCCUGGUUCCUCCAUGUGGGUUGACUGCUUUAACCCUGCCGCGAUCAAAUGGUGGACCUCGCUGUUCAAGUACGAUGCCUUCAAGGGCACCAUGGAGAACACUUAUAUCUGGAACGACAUGAAUGAACCGUCUGUCUUCAACGGUCCCGAGAUUACUUUCCCCAAGGAUAACCUGCACCACGGCGGCUGGGAGCACCGUGAUGUCCACAACAUCAAUGGCAUGACGUUCCAUAAUGCUACUUAUGACGCCCUGAUGACUCGCAAGAAGGGUGAGCUCAGGCGUCCGUUUGUGCUCACUCGUUCCUUCUUUGCCGGUUCUCAGCGUCUGGGCGCCAUGUGGACAGGUGACAACCAGGCUAGCUGGGAGCAUCUUGGUGCCGCUGUUCCUAUGAUUCUCGCCCAGGGUAUCGCUGGCUUCCCCUUCGCUGGCGCUGACGUCGGUGGCUUCUUCGGCAACCCCGAGCUGGAGCUUCAGUCGCGUUGGUACCAAGCUGGUGCCUUCUACCCCUUCUUCCGCGGCCAUGCGCACAUUGAUGCCCGUCGCCGUGAACCAUACAUGGCUUCUGAGCCGUACCGAUCCAUCAUCACAGCCGCCCUCCGCCUCCGAUACAGUCUGAUGCCUUCAUGGUACACAGCCUUCUUCCACGCAAACCGAGAUGGUAGCCCCAUCAUCCGACCUAUGUACUGGACUCACCCCAGCGAGGAGAGUGGUUUUGCUGUAGAUGAUCAGUUCUUCGUUGGAGCCACCGGUCUUUUGGUUAAGCCGAUUGUCGAAAAGGACAAGGAUUCUACCGACAUUUACAUUCCCGACGAUGCUGUUUACUAUGAUUACUUCACGUACGCCAAGCUCUCGACUCACAGGGGCAAGAGUGUCUCGAUUGAUGCUCCCCUCGAGAAGACACCUGUACUAAUGAGAGGCGGCCACAUUUUCCCUCGCCGCGACACCCCUCGCCGUUCUACUCAGCUCAUGAAGUAUGACGACUAUACUCUUGUGAUUGUCCUCGGCAAGGAUUUGGCUGCUGAGGGCGAGCUCUACGUAGACGAUGGUGACUCUUUCGACUAUCAGAAGGGUCAAUACAUCCACCGUAACUUCAAGUUCCACCAGCUGCAGCUCACGUCAACUGCUGCCUCUUCCCACGAAGGCAAGAAGCUUCGUGAGGGCGACUGGAUGAAGCGUUUCCAUAACGUAAGCUUUGAUAAGCUUGUCAUUGUUGGUGUUCCGUCAUCCUGGGAGGGCAGGACCGAGGUUGAAGUCGAGUCUGAAGGCAAGAAAACCAAGGUCCCCUUCCACUUCAACAAGGCUGAGGGCGGCCGUGCCGCUUUCGCUACUGUGGGACGUAUCGGUGCGAGAGUUGGCGCUGACUGGGAAAUCGACUUUGCCUAGAAACAAACGGAUAACGGUUGUUCGUUAAGCGUGUAAACGAGAGACAUGUUUCAGGAACUUGGUACAGAAAUAUCAAUAGAAGAAUGCCUAGAUUUGAAUGUAGAUUUAUGGGAAUUGCUUACGGCAUGUAAUAAGCAGUAAAGCAUCACUCGACACGUGGUUCAACG